CGAAAAUCAUGUCGGAAGGACGUUUGAACUUGAGACAAGCCGUGGACCGGCUUCGCGGGUUUGGGUUCCCGAGCGAGGAAAACGCCACGGCGCUGACGGAUGAGCUGCGUUACAUCACGGAGCUUGUGGUGUGGGGUGACAAGCAUGAUCCAGAGGUCUUUGAAACCUUUAUGGAGUAUGACCUCCUCGGCAUCAUCCGCGACAUGAUGGACCCUGCCAUCGAUCGCGUGCACAUGCAAGUGUUCCAGACGCUUGGCAUUUGGAUGGAGACUCUGGAAACGCCAACGUCCAAAUGGUAUCUCAUGUCGCGCAACUACAUCAACGACAUCAUAUCGUGCCAAAGCAUCAACUUGGAUCACGAGGAGGUGCUUGGAUAUUACAUUUCCUUGUUGAAGCUGCUGGCGUUGAAGCUGAGCCCAGACACCAUCCUCUUCUUCCGCAACAUGCAACGAGGCGACUUCCCUCUGUUCACGCAGGCCAUCAAGCUGUACAACCACGACAACACCAUGGUGCGCAUCGCUGUCAGGAACAUCACGCUAAUGGCAUUCAGAGUGCGGGAGGCGACGCUGGAGGACUGGCUGGCGACUGUGGCUGCACCGCCGUAUUUCGCCACCAUCAUGUGGACCGUUGGCAACACCUCGUUCCGUCUCAACGAAUGCAUCGCCUGCGAUGACAGUGCUGCUGCGGCGAGUCUUGUGGCCGAGCACCUCGAUGCGUUUCAGUACAUGGACGAGGUCAUGGGUACAGCCCACCCCGCUGUUGUCGCUGUUGUCCGCCGCUGCGCCCUCUCCAAUCUCCUCCUCCCCCUCCAUGUCGGCAGCCUCGCUGCUCGCCACGGCCGCAAACAAGACCAGUCCACCAGCAGUGGUGGUGAUGAUCAUGACGACGAUGGUGACCAGGUGCUGUCGCCGGGCGUUUCGCUCUUCAUCCUCGCGCAGGCCCUCUCCACCUUCCAGGACAAGGAGCUGUUGAGGGCGAUUGUGUGCACACUGCUCACGGGCAUACCAGACUGCGAUCACGCCGACGAAGACGCAUCGAAAGCAGCAGAAUCAUCACAUACGCCUGAGAAGGACAGCGAAACGCAACAGCAACAGCGGCAACAGCAGCAGUGGCAGUGGCAGCAUCAACAACGCGAGCAGCAAGACGGGCAGCAAGUGUCGCCUCCAUUCUCCACACCAUCAACCCCACCCCUGUCACCCAUGACAGCAUCCCCAGCACGUGCACGCGCCGUUCGUGUUGGAUUUCUUCGCCGUCCAAAGGAGGACAUGAGCACGCUCCUCUCUGGCUGGAGCAGCGGGUAUCAUCCGGACCCAAAGACCGGCGCACCCGUCGCGUCGCCAGGCACAACACGCAGGGGACGCACCCGCAGCGAUGGUGAUGGUGAUGGUGAUGAUGAUGGUGAUGGUGAUGGUGAUGGUGAUGGUGAUGGUGGCGAUGAUGUGAAGAGGGUUGAAGAACAACUGGGUGCACUGAAUGUCGGAAAACCUGUUGGCAAUGACGAUGAUGAUGGUGAUCAUGAUGGUUGCGGUGAUGCGAGUGACAAUGCAGCCGUGGGGAGUGAGAACGGCGCCUCCAAUGUCGGCUAUGGCGACAGCUGCUUUCAAAUGCUGCUUCGAGCCCUCGAGUGCAUUCCAGACGACAGGACCGCACUGCCGGCGCUCUGUUGCCUGCAGGCAUUACUGGAGCAACAGCAGAAUGGGCUGGUUCCAAAUGCAUUUCAGGCCAAAGGGCUGGUCCUGCCAACACCCGACUGCAACGUUGGCGACUACAACCAGGAUCUCGUUGGUGAGAUGGUGCGCAUUGUGCGGCGAGCAGCAACGGUGGAUGCAAAAGUGCGGCUGAUCACGCUAACGAUGGCGGCGCGCCUCAUACAUAUGCUCGUCACCUGUCACGUCGAUCCCGAUGCACAGCAGCAGCAGCAGCACCAGCAGCAGCACCAGCAGCAGCACCAGCAGCACCAGCAGCAAGCGGCGAAGAUGGAUGGCGACAGCAGGGUGAGCCAGAAGUGCUUCAUUAUCGACAACCACCGCCAUCUCAUUUCACAAGCGCUGUCUCAAAGCGCAACGCAGCUCAAGGAUUUCCUGACGGUUGAAAUCACGCGGGGACAGCGCAAAGCGAAGGACUUUGUGGAGCUGUUUGAAGCCGAACAAAAGCGGAUGCAGCCACUGCGACUGUCGCAACUUCUCAACAGCGCAACAGUUAUGUGCAGACCCGAAUCCCUCAAUUCCCCGGCCGUCGCCUUUGAGAUGAAACUUCCAAACACAGAGGAGGAACGCAAACUCAAGAGCAUACAGAUAUUUCUGCUGCUGCGCAAACUUCAUCUCGACAUGCGGAAUGAGAGCGAGACCCGGCUCCCGCUCGCCCGUCCACCACACGCCGUCGCGCUCAGAGAAACAAUGUCCAUUGACAAUGGCGAGAUUAUCACGUGCGAGUGUGUGUUCAAAGAGAACGGGCAAACGGUCAAGCAGAACCGCGUCCUUCUGGUUGAUGAGUGGCGAUUGUUCUUGCUCGUGCCAGACAUGCGAAACCUCACCCAAGGCAUCGUCAAGUUUGUGGCUGAUCUUGGCAGCAUCCGCUGCGAGCGGGUGAAGAACAACACGCGCUGCCUGACGGUGAAGGUGGAGGAGCAACCUCGAUUUGCCGAUCGCGAUGCAGACAAACUCGUGCUCUUCUCCUGUCAGUGCUUCUUCCAGGACAACAUCAGCAGCCUCACCGCAUACCAGUUCAUCAACGAAGGCCGAAAGAAUCUCGAGACGAAGAAGUUGGGGUCCCUGCAGCGGCUGCUGUCUGACUUGUCGCAACUGAGACGACAGCUGGCGUCACCAACGCCGCACACGCACGCAGGCACAAGUGGCGACGAUGAGCGUGGUGACCAGGACCAAGGGAGCCUUGUAGAAGCUGUAGCCAGCGGUGGUGGUGGUGGUGAUGAUGGUGACGGCGAUAGCCAUGUUGGGAAGUGAGGCUGCUUGACACCUGAACCGCGAUGUUGUGCCCUGGUUGACGCACAGCGUGGUGAUUGCGGUGUUCUCGUGUGUGAUGCCAGGUGGAGGACAGGUCCUGUGUUUGCACAAUGUUUCAUAUCAGGGGUUGCAGCACUUGGUUGCUGUCCACUCAAUUCUGGUCUUUAGUGCUUGACAUAAAGCGUAUGAAGAAC